UUGUUUUCUCGCCUGCGGCCGAAGUUUGGGACGGUGAGCCGCCGCCGGAGGCAAUGUGCACACGGCGGAUACGACACGGUAACGGUCCGAAGACUCACGUCCACUGACGAGCGGCGACGACGACGUGUUCAUUUCGCUCUCUGACUCGCCGUUCCCGGUCCCGUUGCCGCUUCUCCCUCGAGCGCCUCGCACGCGCACUGUCAUUCAGAAAUACUACAGCCUGCGCCCUCGAGCGCUCACGUGCUCGACCCGAUUUUAUAUCUGUUUUCUUUUAAAUAUAUCUAUAAUGGUUUUUUUUUUUAAAUAGUUUCCCCACCACAGUUACUCUCUGAAUGUGUCGCUCGGUACGUUAUUGGCAAGUCUGUAUUCUCUUUUUGCAGACGCAUCUCUUCACAUUGGUGAUUAUUAAAGCAAACUGAAGGGAAGGUGAUCAACUUUUUUUUUUUUGUUGCUGGAUAACGGCAUGAUAUACGUGCGGGUCACCUGCGGGUAACGGACUGAGGAGACCUCACCACUGCUGGGAAUCUUACAAUCAAAGCGUCUUGAGCAUCCGUCUUCCUGAAAAUUAAACCACAAUGGAGAUUCUCUGGGUCUGUGUGUUUCUGGAGAUGGUGCUGAUGUCCACUGCUGCCAGGGGUCCCCCCAGGGUGUCAGAGCGGGUGGCCCACCGCCAGAGCAUCCGCCUCGGUCGCACCAUGAAGCUGCCCUGUCCAGUGGAGGGCGACCCCCCGCCGCUCAUCAUGUGGACCAAAGAUGGCCGCAACAUCCACAGUGGCUGGACACGGUUCAGGGGGUUACAGCACGGCCUGCGAAUCAAAGAGGUGGAGACCGACGACGCGGGAACUUACAUCUGCAAGGCCACCAACGGCUUCGGCAGCGUGAACAUCAACUACACGCUCAUCGUCAUAGAUGACUCCAGCUCAAGAGGUGGAGCAGGGAUGGCCAACGGCGACUUCGCACACGGCGCAGAGCUGGCUGGGAAACUGGUACGUCCACGUUUCACCCAGCCGGCAAAGAUGCGGAAGCGCGUCAUCGCUCGCCCGGUGGGCAGCUCGGUGCGUCUGAAGUGCACAGCGAGCGGCAACCCUCGGCCCGACAUCGUCUGGCUGAAGGACAGUCGGCCGCUGGUGGACGAAGACAGUGGAGCCGGCAAGAAGAAGAAGUGGACCCUGAGUUUGAAGAACCUGACGCCGGAGCACAGCGGGAAGUACACCUGCCACGUGUCCAACAGAGCAGGAGAGAUCAACGCCACCUACAAGGUGGAAGUCAUACAGCGUACCAACUCCAAACCCAUCCUGACUGGCACUCACCCCGUCAACACCACGGUGGACUACGGAGGAACCACGUCUUUCCAGUGUAAAGUCCGCAGCGACGUCAAGCCGGUCAUCCAGUGGCUCAAGAGAGUCGAACCUGGUGACGAGAACAAAUUCAACUCCACCAUAGAGGUCGGGGACCAUCGCUUUGUGGUGCUGCCGACGGGAGAGGUUUGGUCACGUCCCGAUGGCUCUUACCUCAACAAGCUGCUGAUCACCAGAGCCAAGGAGGAGGAUGCUGGCAUGUACAUCUGCCUGGGAGCCAACACGAUGGGCUACAGCUUCCGGAGUGCCUACCUCACUGUGCUACCAGAUCUGAAGCCCCUGAUCAUCUCUGUCCCCAUAGCGACCUCCCCGAGCCUCCCCUGGCCCGUCAUUAUAGGAAUCCCAGCGGGUGUCGCCUUCAUCUUAGGCACCGCCCUCCUGUGGUUCUGCCAAUCAAAACGCACCUGCUCCUCCACUUCCCCCUCGUCCUCCUCCGCCCUGCCGGUUGCUCAGCGUCUACCUGUGGCCGGUCGGGACCGGGCCUGCCCCGCGCUGCCUCCUCAGACGGCCGGCGGCGACAAAGAUUGCCUUUCAUACGAGGACUACAUUGCCCAUCAGCAGCUGCUGCUGGCUCAAGGAGGCGCUCCACUGGCGCCGAAGGUCUACCCCAAGAUCUACACGGACAUUCACACGCACACGCAUUCGCACGUGGACGGGAAAGUGCACCAGCACCAGCACAUUCACUACCAGUGUUAGCAGCGAGGCUAGCGGCAAGUGCGCGUGCGUGGCGUUUCACAUUCGACUCUCACAUGAACAUGCGUGUGCAGACUCAACGCAUCACAACAGUCCUCACUAACUGCUGACAUACAGGGCAGAGAACAUGCAGGAGACCAUGCGGAUUCACGUACAGACACGGGGGAUCAUGCAAUUCUUCCUCAUUUUGCUGCAGCGCAUAGGAUGGGUGCAAACGGAUUUACUCAAGACACAAGAAGACACAGAUCCUUCAUUUUUUGGCCAAUUCAUUGCAACCUAUGAGAGCAAAAAUCCCCAAAUAUGCCAUAAUCAAUCCUUUUGCCAUACUCAAAGCAACAGUGAACUCACAAGUUAUCUGCCUCCGUUCGUUUAGUACUUUGGACACAACCACAACCUCCUCAGUGAUAGAACAAACACAAGCUCACUUCUCACAACUUAAGGCUCCAAACAUAGCUACUCGUGUACAUAGUGGAAUAUGAUUAUAUGGCAUUUAGCAUGCUACUUCACCCGGGAUGAAUCUAUAAAGAACGUAUAGCCUGUGUGUAAUGUAACCGCGUAACGUCAGAGUAUAUCUCUUGGCGUCGGCCCAGCGGAGCCGUGCGAGCCACAACUCAAGACUGACUCCGCUGCGUCCACAGCCUCGGCGGAGACAAGUCGCUCCAGCCGGGGCCGACAGCUGCUCUCAUAAACGUCCAGCUGCUAUCCGCUCGCUGUGUGGAACAGAGAGAGCUGAUAUCAAUCUCUCUUUGCAGCCAGGGUGUGAGUUCUGCCUCAACCAGGCACCUCUCCUUUCAGACGGCGGUUGCGGAAGUGAUCGCUAGACCUCCUCAGACGCCGAUAAGUAGUUUCCGCCCCCCUUUACAUUUCCUGUUUGCAUUGUCUCCUUUUUGCGGCUCAGUUUGACGCCCGCUGACUUUAGGGAUGAAGGGUAUCGGUUGUCAUCGUGUCACACGUUUAAACUUGUUAAAGCAAACGGCGCAAAGGGAUCAUCAACAGCGCCUCGGUGCAAAACGGUGCCUCCGGAGAAUUGUUUCCAGAUUUCACGGAUCACUCUCUGUGGAUCUGCGGAUAUAUAAAUGGUCCCUGUUAAUCUGUUUUAUGAUUUAGAGGGCUUGAAAAAAAGAGGGAGACUUUGUAGCUCAAGGACGAGGCACGCGACCCUCAACUCUUCUCCGAGCACCACACAAGAUGAGCAGGGGUGUAUGUGAACACCGUUUGCGUGCGGCCUGUGUUUGUUACUCGUCAGAUUUGACAUGUUGUCUCUUGUUUGAAUGUAAAGUUUUGGACAGGGAGCCGCAGUGCCGUCUGUCACCCUGGGAAAGAAAAAACGGAAACUGUUGUAAAGCUACUUUAAGAGGUAAAAUAAUGGCCAACAACCUUAAACUGAAUUGAAUAUCAGUGUCGUCAUCGUACGCACUGUGCAUCUACACAUUCAUAAACUUGUCCAGGAUGUUUUGGAUCCAGUCGUCUCCAGAUUUACCUCUAAUUUCACGAACCUCCUCAAGAGAUUGUUGAACAAUGGGAUGUGGAAGUGUGUUUUUGAAUUGAUUCAUAUACGAUUUCAUAGCCAAGGUUUCAUGUUAAUUCCAUGUUAAAGAAGCCACGCACCUAUCGUACACUGCCACACGUCUCGUCACUUGUUUUAACCUUCCCCUCCGCAUGCAUGUGGGACAUGAACUGCUUCAUUGAUAUAAUCCUCAUUGCACUUUUUUUGCAAGUGCAAUUAAGACAUUGAAUUUGGUAAAACCCAGGUCGUUCCUAAUGCUGCUCCUCCUGGCUGCAUCCUGAGCUGAGGUCUAAUAAGCCAAACUGAAAACACGUGUGUGUGUGUCUGUGUGUGCGUGUGUGUGUGUGUGUGUGUGUGUGUUUGUGUGUUUGUGUGUGUGUGUGUGUGUGUGUGUGUGCGUGUGUGCGUGUGUGUGUGUGUGCGUGUGUGCGUGUGUGUGUGUUUGUGUGUGUGUGUGUGUGUGUGUGUGUGUGUGUGUGAGACCUCGCGCAGGGCCUUUGUGUUAGUGAGGUCAUCGGCAGCUGCGAGGACUAAAGAAAUUAGCAGAUGAAAAUCCGAGGACAACCUGUUUUGCCGGUCGACGUAAGCUCAAGAAGGAGGAAAUGGAUUUUAAGGCCGAGGUCGUAGUUAUGAGGUGACGAUGCCGCAGUUGAGAUUAUAAGACCCCGUGGACCCGCCGCUUCAGGAAUCCACUACAACACAGUGACCAUAUAGGGGAAAAAAUAAAGUUUCAAGCCAAUAAGGUUGUUUUUCAAACGGUUAAAACCGAAAUUUAAGCAUUUUUAAAUCUCCAGUCAAGACAACAGUAAAACAGGAAGCAGUAGAGUUUUACUUUUUCAUGUUCUCGGAGGUGUUCAGAGAUAUUCCAAUAAUGCACUUUGUAGUGUGUUCAUCCAUUUACUUGGAUGACUUCUAUUCUCACUCACUAUAUCAUCACAUUAACGGUCUUUACUGCUCCUGGUAGUUUCAUUCGGACCAGCUCAGUGUCACGAACCACGAAUAAAGAAUCGAACAAACAGCCGCAAGGAACAUUCUCAUCAUCAACAUAUACCAGACCCUCCCUUUCUCAGGUGUCCAUCUUGUUGUCCGUGUGUGUGUGUGUGUGUGUGUGUGUGUGUGUUCAUGAAUCUGACCACUAAAUAAUAAAUCUGUGUAAAAUGAUACGCUAAGAUAAGAUUUGCGUCUCAGCUGUUUUGCAUUACAGCUCUCUCUCGCUCUGGAAGCCCGGAGCGGCUGGAGAAGUGGGUCGGCUGUCCAGAAACGUUCAAACGUUAAAAAAAAAAAAACGGUGCAGAAAUGUAAAGAAAAAAUGUACUGUAUACAUGUGACGUAUGAAAGAAGCUGUAAGCUCGUCGUGUUUGUUCUUGGUAUUUGUACUGUGUUCAGUAAACGGCCUUGUCUUCAGGACAUCUUAAAUACAAGUGUGUUUAAACAAGCACGUGACAGGAAGUGAUUUAUUCAAAUCACCUGGUAAACUCGGUUGCACGUGUGGUCGAACUUCAGCAUGUAUGUUUGCACAUAAAUCGUUAAUACUCAAGUAGAAAAGUGUACAAAAGUGUAUUAAAAUGGAUAAAUCGUAUAUGCCAAUUUAAGAAGAGGAAAUACUCACUGGUACUUUACGCUGAAGUCUGUGAAUGUCUCUAUGUGAUCUUACUCAAGAGAAAAAAAUAUGGGAAAAUGCAGCCUACAGAUAAUGUUGACAGCGUCUGUAAGCCUGAACAUGAAAUGUAUUCAGAAGCUUAACGUGUUCAGGAGCCAAGUUAACAGCAUCGCGUGUAUUCCACUGCAGACUCCCCCUCUUCUGUAUGAAGCCACUAAGCAUAUCAGGGCAUCAAAGAAAAAAGCAUUACUCUUGGAAAACAAAAUUAUUAUUGUAUGUUCUUUUACAUCUCGGGCAACAGAUGUAAUUGGAAAUAGGGGGGGGGGGGGGGAGUUUUCCUUUCCUCCCCGCGAUCUUUUCUCUUUUUGAAACGUCUGCUGACAAAGUCACCCUGAGCAACAGCUGGAGUAGAUUUCAUUGUGAAGUUUUUCUUCUGGUAUUUGGAAGGAUGAAAAAUUGUGCAUCUGAAAAAACUUCUCCAGUCCCCGCUUCUUCUUUUUCCCUCUCUCAGUUCAAACCUGUCAGAGCUAAUGGACUGCCAACAGACGGACCGUAUAUAUGUGCAUUUACCACUAGUAUGUGCAUGACAUGACAUUGAUGUUUUAAGUUAUAGAAAGAUAUUAGGGAGUUGGGUGAGAAUGCUUUGGACCAUAAAGUAGCUCUGGCAACACGAACACAAUGUAAAUGCUGAAAUUCUCUCGCCGUUCAAGAAGUUACGCUUCUCCGUGUGCUCGUCUAAUUUAUUUUUCUUUCAAACAUGUUUGUUGUUUUCAUAUAAUUGGGCAUUAUACUGCAUGAGUGGAUUUUGUGUUAUAGUCAUCAUGUAAGCUAUGUAGCGGAUACCAUGUUCAUGUCAUUGUAAGAUACUGUAUUUAUACGUGCCGACAGAAUAUACAAAAAAAAAAAAUUAUCGAAAAGGUCUUUGUAUCGACAAUCUUGUACAGUCGCAUCGUCGUUUAGGAUAAAAGAUUUUAUUGUCUCCCGUUGUAAUCACGUUACUCGUGCCAUUAAAAAAAACAACUAAAAUCUC